CUCAUUACCGCAACAUCAGCCUUGCGAUGCCGCCCAGCACAUAACAGUACUCUCCACUCGUAUAUUCUACUAUUGCCAAGUAAAUGGCAUCGCUGCUGCGACAGAUAGUCGCGGGUCCGCGCGCCAGGCACCCAGAAGCCGGGCUCGACCUCUGCUAUGUCACAGACAAUAUCAUUGCGACUUCGGGCCCCAGCGGCACCUAUCCCCAACGCGCGUACCGCAACCCGCUUGACUCCCUCGUAAAGUUUCUCGACUCGAAGCACGGCGACGACUGGGCAAUAUGGGAGUUCCGCGCAGAAGGGACGGGCUACCCAGACUCGGAGGUCUACGGCCGCGUCUACCACUACCCGUUUCCUGACCACCACCCGCCCCCAUUCGCCCUCAUACCGAACAUCAUGGCGAGCAUGCGGAAUUGGCUGCAUGAGAAGGAGGGACGCGUCGUAGUGGUACACUGCAAAGCGGGAAAAGGGAGGUCAGGAACAGCCAGUUGCAGCUACCUGAUUAGCGAGGAAGGCUGGCCGGUACAUAAAGCACUGCAGAGAUUCACGGAGAGGAGGAUGCGGCCGAACAUGGGCAAAGGGGUCAGCAUCCCCAGCCAGCUCCGAUGGAUAGGCUACACAGACCGCUGGGCAAAGCACGGCAAGAUCUACGUCGAACGCCAGGUCGAGGUGUUGGAGGUACACUGCUGGGGGCUAAGAGACGGGGUCAAGAUCCAGGUUGAGGGCUUCGUGAACGACGGAAAGUUGAUCAAGAGGUUUCAUACCUUCACGCGGGGAGAGAGGGAGGUUGUUAGGGGAGAAGUCACGACUACGUCGAUAUCCCAGGCAGUGCAAGAAGUCAUGUACAAGAAUGGCGUCGGAUGGUCAGCCGGCAAGAAGACGUCAAAGGUAAAGGAGUCGGUCGAAUCGGACGGCACUGCCUUCGAGCGAGCCAAUGCAAAGCCUGGGGAUAAGGAAUCUUCUGGCGACGACACGUCUUCGUCUAAGGAAGAGACGGAGAACGACGAUACGGGCACAGGCGACGUCAUUUUCCGCCCCUCAACGCGCGUCGUGCUGCCGAGCAACGAUAUAAACAUCGACAUCGAGCGCCGCAACAAGGCUGCAUUCGACCUAACUAUGGUGACGGCGGUCGCGCAUGUCUGGUUCAAUUGUUACUUCGAGGGCAAUGGACCCGAGCAAAAAGGCAUCGCCGAUGAAUCCGGUGUCUUUGAAAUCACUUGGGACGCCAUGGACGGCAUUAAAGGUUCUGCUAGGAAAGGAACACAAGCAUUCGAGAAGAUUGCCGUCGUGUGGAAGGCGCUCAGAGCCGAGGAAGGACGCCCUGGCAUUGUAAUCACAGAACCGCGAGAGGGCGAGGACGUUAAGCAAUCGUCGCCUGCCGAUUGGAAGGGGCAGGAGGGCGUGGAACCAAGUGAAGGCAAAGACCUAGGUCUGCGCAUCUCCAGUCCAUCUGCUUCAAACACGAAUGUUAGCAAAGCGAGUAGUGUCAAAAGUCAAAACGCGGAUGAUACUCAGCAGGUGCUCACGAAGCCGGCAAGGGAUAGCCAGGAGAGCGAAACAAGAGGGCUCAAGGUACAUGGUCCGAAUGGCGAAGACGUGGUCCAAGAACCGAACAGCGGAAGCGCAGACGGAAGCGGGCCGGCAUCCUUCUCUUCCCCCACGCUGCCAAGUCAACUUGACGGCACGGAACAAAGCAAGGCGAGCAGUGACGCCGGACAGCGGAUGCAGUCACCCGAGUCGCACAAGGGUGGAGUUGAGGGCAUUCUGCCACAUGUCUCGACAGGCGAUCUCCCGGAUGGAAGGCCAGAAGACGAAAUGAAGACGGCGAAAGAGCAUGCGUUGGGGCAUCUCGGCAAGCACAAAACUACGAGCUCAUGAUCUAGGCGGCCGUUCCGUCCCGUUGGACAAUCCCUUAUGGGAUAGGGCGCUUGCGGUGUUCAAAGAAUUGCAUCGCGUGUUUCGGGGCCUCGCCGCGAGUGGGUCUCCCGCCCGAGUACUAACGACCGAUCUCGGUGGGGGUGUGCGGGUGCUUUUCGCGCUAUGGUUCGGGUAUGUAUGCGCUGUGUCUGUUCAGCGUAUCAGGAGCAUGUAUGAUGUGUGUUCCCGUACAUGUUGCAGGACGCAAUAUGCAUUGGUGAGGC